CCCAUUCUCUAGAAGCAUCCGCCGCAGCCCAACUGCGCAACAGAAAGUACAAGCAGCAGCAGCGGCUUCUCAUCUCCUCUACUCUCGCCCCAUCCGCAGACAACCAGGGCCGAUGUCGGUCACCCUGCACACGAAUCUCGGCGACAUCAAGUGCGAGGUCUUCUGCGACGAAGUCCCCAAGACCGCGGAGAACUUUUUAGCACUUUGUGCCAGUGGUUAUUAUGAUGGAACCAUAUUUCAUAGAAAUAUCAAGGGUUUCAUGAUCCAAGGUGGAGAUCCUACGGGCACUGGUAAGGGAGGAACCAGCAUAUGGGGCAAGAAGUUCAAUGAUGAAAUCCGGGAGUCACUCAAGCAUAAUGCGAGGGGCAUACUCUCAAUGGCCAAUAGUGGCCCAAACACAAACGGAAGCCAGUUCUUCUUAACUUAUGCCAAGCAACCUCAUCUAAAUGGACUCUACACAAUUUUUGGAAAAGUCAUUCAUGGGUUUGAAGUUCUGGACCUUAUGGAAAAGACACAAACAGGACCAGGUGAUCGACCACUAGCUGAGAUCAGGCUUAAUCGUGUGACCAUCCAUGCAAAUCCUCUUGCCGGUUAAAUUUCUCUUGGAAUUCAAGAAUACACUAUACAUAAUAUUGGCUGCAUCUGCACGGCAAUCUUCCCAAGUGCAGGUCCUGAAGAUGCUAUCCAAGUUCUCGUCUCACAAGAUGCAACACUAAAGCUGCUAUCCAAGUUCUCGUCUCACAAGAUGCAACACUAAAGCUGCUAUCCAAGUUCUCGUCUCACAAGAUGCAACACAGAAACAUGGCAAUUUAAUGUACACACUUUCUACAGAACACUUUCUUCUGAUUGAAGGCGUUAACUCGAUAUGCUCUUCUUGAAUGGGCAUUCUCCUACUAAUUAUUGUAAGAGUUCAUCUAAAAUUGCUUCUUGAGAGCACAUCUUUUGGAGUUGUAGUAGUUUGUGAUAGGUUUCUUCUUUUCGAUACCUUGCACUAGACGUGUUCAUUCAUUUCA